AACGACUUCAACCUGAACGUCUUCGACGGCUUCGACCGCACCAAGCCGCUGUGGCAAGAGGGCAACUUCAACCCGAGGACCUACACCUUGACGCUGAGCGCGAGCUCGCCACAGAUUAUGGUCACCUGGUACAACAGCGGUGACAACAACAUCCAGCCCUUCACGAUCCACUACUCCGGAACUGCUAUUGGCGUCGGCCUCAACACUCGCGUCGGAAGAGAUGUGGAGAAGCAGUUGCACCAGGAGCACAAAAUUGAGUCCCGCCAAGUAAACGUUGGAGCUAGCGGCCGAGUUGGUCGCGAUGUUGAGAAGCAGAUGCACGAGGAGCAGCACAAGAUUGAAACUCGCCAAGUGAACGCUGGAGUCGGCGGCCGAGUUGGCCGUGAUGUUGAGAAGCAGAUGCAUGCUGAGACGAAGGUUGAGCGCCCUGCCCGUCAGGUGUCCGCUGGAGCAGGUGGACGCGUUGGACGUGACGUCGAGAAGCAGAUGCACCAGGAGCACAAGAUCGAAACCCGCCAAGUCCAAGCCGGUCUGAACACCCGUGUCGGACGCGACGUCGAGAAGACGAUGCACGCCGAGAAAGUUGAGCGACCAGCCCGCCAAGUCUCUGCCGGAGCCGGAGGACGUGUCGGACGUGAUGUCGAGAAGCAGAUGCACGAGCAGCACAAGAUUGAAACCCGCCAAGUCCAAGCCGGCCUGAACACUCGUGUCGGCCGUGACGUCGAGAAGACGAUGCACUCCGAGAAGGUUGAGCGCCCCGCCCGUCAAGUCUCCGCCGGAGCCGGUGGACGCGUUGGACGUGACGUCGAGAAGCAGAUGAACGAACAACACAAGAUCGAAACCCGUCAGAUCAACGCUGGACUGAACGCCCGUGUUGGCCGUGACGUCGAGAAGACGAUGCACGCCGAGAAGGUUGAGCGCCCCGCCCGUCAGGUGUCCGCUGGAGCUGGAGGACGUGUCGGACGUGACGUUGAGAAGCAGAUGCAUGCUGAGACGAAGGUUGAGCGCCCCGCUCGUCAGGUUUCCGCUGGAGCUGGAGGACGUGUUGGACGCGACGUCGAGAAGCAGAUGCACGAGCAGCACAAGAUCGAGACCCGCCAAGUCCAAGCCGAUCUGAACACCCGUGUCGGACGCGACGUCGAGAAGACGAUGCACGCCGAGAAGGUUGAGCGCCCCGCCCGUCAGGUGUCCGCUGGAGCUGGUGGACGUGUCGGACGUGAUGUCGAGAAGCAGAUGCAUGAGCAGCACAAGAUCGAGACCCGCCAAGUCCAAGCCGAUCUGAACACCCGUGUCGGACGUGACGUUGAGAAGACCAUGCACAACGAGGAGCAUAAGAUCGAAACUCGCCAAGUCCAAGCCGGCUUGAACACCCGUGUCGGACGUGACACCGAGCACCAGAAGCCCGCCCAGAUUCGUGAGCGCCGUCAGCUGCUCGGAGGCGGAUACGGAGGUGGUGUCGGAGUCCAGCCUGGUGUUGGCCUCAACACCGGCCUCGGACUAAACCUCGGCCGU